AUGUCAUUGUUAUCUCCCUCUCCCUCCUUCUCCGACGAGCCACCCAUGAACCUCACCCCAAAUAAUGGCUUAGACAUAUUCACGAGGAUAUUUCUCGUGCUCAUAUUUAUGUCUCUCUUCAUUCGAGUGUGUUACGUGUACGUUUCUCUACGACGUAACGAUCAUGGCAGCGACAACAUCAGCAACAGCAUCGCCUCCAUGAUCCACCAUGAUAACGAUCAAAAUAAUAACCUCACAGGACUACCCUUUGACGUCAUAAAGUCCUACCACACUUUCCCCUACAGCAAAACCAACAGUGUGGCAACAAUGUACGACCACGACUCCACCUGCGCCAUUUGUAUCGAGGAUUACCAGGAAUCGGAGAUGCUAAGGAUGAUGCCGCACUGUCGCCACUACUUUCACCGAGAUUGCAUUGACGUGUGGUUGAAGGUUCAUGCGUCGUGUCCCGUGUCAGCUGAGGCCCUCACCCACCCUUUACCCUUCCCAAAUGGAGAAUCUCUUUUCUCUUCUUCUUCCUCCUCUGUCUCUUCUUCUUCUUCUUCUUCUUUCCCUUUCUCCAUGUCCCCUUCCAUUCCCUCCCCUCACUUCACCCACCUUGGCCUUGGCUACUCCAUCGCCAUAGCCCUCGCCUUCCUUUUUCUCCUCUCCACCCUUCUCCUCUCCUCCUACCUCUGCUGCCGCACAACCCGCCAACGCAACCAAACCACCGCCGUCACCGCCGCCGCCAACCCCUCCGACGGCGUCGUCAUUCCGCGUGUCAUCUUUGUGGCUGAGGACGAGGACGAGGAGGAGGCCAACGUUGCGGUGGGGCUCGACCAGAGCGUCAUUAAUUCCUACCCCAGGUUCCAGUUCGACAGGGACAACGCGCGGAAUAGUAACGGCAAUAACACCACGUGCUCCAUAUGUUUGUGCGAGUACAAGGAUUCGGAGAUGCUGAGGAUGAUGCCCGAGUGCCGCCAUUUCUUCCACCUCUGCUGCCUCGAUUCCUGGCUCAGACUCAGAGGCUCCUGCCCCGUGUGCCGCAACUCGCCGCUCCCGACGCCGCUCUCCACGCCGCUGCAGGAGGUAGUGCCGCUCUCUCAGUACGCCGCCGAUAGACGGCGAAAAUCCCUUGGUGAUGCUAAUUUCCUGGCUCUUCAUUAUCCCAUGUCAGAUGAUUCGCAUUUCAUUGCAUUAGCUUUGGUCAUUGGCUUUGCCUCCACUUCAUUCAGGACACGAAGAUAUUGGUAUUAG